AAAAUAGAUCUGAUCUUUAGUUUAACGGUCGCUUGGGGCAGAGCUAGCUGGGGGAGAAGAAACAGCCGGGGGCUGUAGGAUCUUACAGUGCUGCUUCCCUUCUGACAGGGCAUCUUCCAGUCUGCUGUGAGGGCUGGAGAGGAACCCAGAGCGCAUUAGGGCCCCGGAGAAAGGCGGCGCGGCAGGCAGGUAGCCUGGUGUACUGGCUGGAGCUCACAUACAGGCAGAGAGAGGCUGCUGGGGCCCGAUGCCAGAGGCAGGCUCUGCGCUCGCUCAGCCGAUCCCGGGACUGACUCCAGCAUCACCUUAAUGGGAAGCGGAUGGCGAUGGCAGCGGCAGCCCAGCAAGUAAAGAAACCGCAAGCGCGGCUCUAAAGGCUGCUCCCGCCUCUGGAUGCUCCCGCUCACACCUUCCACACGCCAGGACCGAGCCGCUGCAGGGGGGCUGGGGCGGCUUUGCUGUGGGUUCCCCUGGGCGCUGCAGCCCCCACUCUGCACCGCUGUGUGUGUUGCUGCUGCUGCCGCCCCCGGACCCCCGUCCCCGCCUGCCUCUCCCGGGCGGCUGGCAGAGCAGCAGCUGCUGAGGCUGGAAGUUUUCCUGGCAGCGCUGGGCUCCUCCGCCAGCCAGUCCCCACCUCCCCGCCGCGCGCUGGAGAGGAGCCGCGGCCGCUGCUGAGGGCAAGGCGGGGGGAAGCGCCGAGCUCAGCCGUCUUCGCUCGGAUUCCGCAGCCUGGCCCGCCCCGAGGGGGAGGCAGCCGCCGGCCGGCCGGAGUCCCGGCAUGCUGAAAGUCACCAUGCCCUCCUCGUCCUCCAGCUCCUCCGCCGCGGGCAGGGCGCCCGACUACUGGAUCGACGGCUCCAACAAAGACACCCUGGCGCAUUACUUCGAGCUGGAGUCGGAGCUGGGACGUGGUGCUACAUCCAUUGUCUACAGAUGCAGGCAGAAAGGAACUCAGAAGCCUUAUGCUGUCAAAAUGUUGAAGAAAACUGUAGACAAGAAAAUUGUCCGAACUGAAAUAGGUGUUCUCCUUCGCCUCUCGCAUCCAAACAUUAUAAAACUGAAGGAGAUAUUUGAAACCCCCACAGAAAUCAGUCUUGUUCUGGAGUUGGUCACAGGAGGGGAGCUAUUUGACAGGAUUGUGGAAAAAGGAUAUUACAGUGAGCGAGAUGCUGCCAAUGCUGUUAAACAAAUCCUGGAGGCAGUUGCUUACCUGCAUGCAAAUGGGAUUGUUCACCGUGAUUUGAAGCCAGAGAAUCUACUCUAUGCAACACCAGCACCAGAUGCACCAUUAAAAAUAGCUGAUUUUGGGCUUUCCAAGAUUGUGGAAGAUCAAGUGACUAUGAAGACAGUUUGUGGAACUCCAGGGUACUGUGCACCAGAGAUUCUACGUGGAUGUGCUUAUGGCCCAGAGGUGGACAUGUGGUCUUUGGGAAUAAUCACCUACAUCCUACUUUGUGGAUUUGAACCAUUCUAUGAUGAAAGGGGAGACCAGUACAUGUUUAAAAGAAUUUUGAAUUGUGAAUAUGACUUUGUGUCCCCCUGGUGGGAUGACGUGUCUCUAAAUGCCAAGGAUUUGGUUAAAAAGUUGAUUGUGUUUGAUGCUAAGAAGCGCCUCACGACCUUUCAAGCUUUGCAGCACCCUUGGGUCACAGGAAAGGCAGCCAAUUUUGCACAUAUGGACAAUGCACAAAAGAAACUUCAAGAAUUCAAUGCUCGGCGUAAACUUAAGGCUGCGGUGAAAGCUGUUGUGGCAUCAACUCGUCUUGGGAGUGCAAGUGGUCACAGCAGCCACGACAGCAAUAAGCCCAGCCGUAAUCCAUCUCCAGUGCAAGACAGUGAACCUGAAGAGAAACCUACUCAGGAAGGAGAAGCAGCAUCAGAAGAGAAGCCUUAGGUCAUCUGCUUUCUUCUUUCAGCUGAGAUCUGUCAUUUCAUGCACCAACUAUCUUGCCAUUCAGCAAGAAAGAUUUGUAAGCCUGGCCUCUCUGAUGGCUCUGCUUUGGAGUGCAAAAUGCACCAGCUGGUGGUCCUAACUUCAAUGCAUGUGACUGCUUAUGAAAAUAGUAAAUUGUCGCAUCAGGCAUGUCAUGGAUACAGUGUUAUUUGCCGUAAUACCAACAAGUGAAACAUGAGAGUGAGUAAAUACUACUUACAUAAAUGCAUACACUUCAUAUACCUUUAGAGAGUGUUUAGAGGUGACGUUUGAAAUGAAUACCAUUUAGUUUUGUUUUACAGAAGUAGGCAUCUUCUAGAGAUCAUUUAUUUGAAACUGUUUCCUUUCCAAAUCAUAAUCCCACAGUAAAUGAAUGGGAACUGAUGUCAAGCCAAUGCUUUUAAAAUGACAUUUGAAAUGUUGAGCUUUUUAUCAGUAAUAUUUAUAAAGUGUUUACAAGGAGAACAUACUAUAGAGAUUUAUAUGCAAAAACAUUCCACUAAUCCUGGUAAGAAAUUGAAAUAUUAGUUCUAGUGGCCAUGAAACUAUAUGUUCCUCAAGUUCGUGUUGAGAAUGCCUUACUCUAACAGUUUAUACACAGUAUUUUAAUGAUAACCAAAAUUAUUCUGAUUUCUGCCAUUUCAUUCUUUAGUAAAUGUUAGCAAAACAAAAUGAUAGACUAGUAUCAAAUAUGAUUAAGGUAGUCGCAACUUUUUAAGAUGCCAUUGUAUUUAUUCAUUACUUUAUAAAGCCGUGCAGCUAGAAAAUGUUUUUAUGGGGGAAAUCUGCAAUUACAUAAGUUCUAAAUACUUGAAGAAAGCUAUUCUACUGCAGGGUGAUUUUACUCUGGGGAGGCACUCAUCACCGUAAAGAACCUAGAUGGAUGAAUAGAUACGUACAACCCAGAAGCUUUGACCUCAUGAGUAACUAGUUUUCCAUCAUUCAGUAUAGACUUAAUGAGUCCUGAUUUUGCUAAUAAAGGAGCCAGUCCUGUAAAAUGAUCUCCAUGGGCAGAUCCCUGCACCUGUGUGCAUAGGUUCUGGAACUAGAGUUGCUGAGGGUUCUGGUGCACCUGGGCUUGAAGUGGUUUCUAUCAUAUACAGGGUUUACAGUUUGUUUCAGUGACUCAGCACCCCCACUACACAAAUUGUUCCAGCACCUCUGCCUGUGGGGAGCUCCCAUGAUGCCAGUUAAGAUACAUGGGUAUGGAUCCGCUUGUAGGAUCAGGGCCAAGGUCUUUAUCUUACUUUGAUCAUAAUUGAUAUGAACUGAAAACUGAUCAGCAUCAAUAUAUAUUUGUUAAUUAUUUUGAUAGUACCUGAAUUUCAUAAUGCAUUGGUAUAUUACAGAAACGACAUAAAGAAGCUGAAAUGUGUCAGUGCCAUUUGCAUUUGUUACACUUUGUAAUACUGGUAGUUACCCAAGACCCUAAUAAUCCAUUCAAUCUUCCUCUUUUGCUCUGUUUUGAAGUUGCUUUGCCUGGCAAAACUUGCCUUGAAAAACAGCAACAACAAAAAAACACUAUUUCAGCUACUGAGAGAAGCCAGAGUAAUUAGUUUUUUGUUGACGUUAAAAUAAAAGGUAAUGAAAUAUUAUUCAUAUGGUAGGUUUGCUAAAUAAAAAUAUCUAUGCUAAAACAGAAAAGUAAAUUGUCUGAAAGGGAAACAUCUUUGCAAAGUUUUCUAAUGCACAGUACUUGCUAUAUUUUACCCAUUUCUCAAAAGUAUAAACUAUUUACAUUUGUACAACAAAGUUUUGGUGGUCAAGUGCAGUUGAAUUUUAAAGCACAAGCGCCCAUCCUUUUCCCAGACAUGGCUCUUUGGAAGAAAAUAAGUGUAUAUGCUGAAAACACUGGCAGAUUUCUUCCUGUUAUAAUGGAAGCAGGAUUUCUAUCUGAUUUUGCAGAUCUGACUGAAUAGGCUAAGAGGAGGCGUUUGCAGAUCUUCACUUGAAAAAAAUACUCCCUACAGGUACAACCACUGGGAGUAGGAUGAGGGGUACAUCCCACUGCUUAACAUUUUACUGUCCUAUUUUUUCCCCCUUGAGGUGGCUGUAGGACGAAUGCAUUCUCACUCCUGGUUUCUCCUUUGGUUACAGUAGCAACACUGUUAGUGUUUAGUCAGUAAUUAGUUCAGUAGAAGUGCCUGAAUUGAUGUAGGGUUUUUCCUUUAUUUUGGUUAGCUUGUUCUAACUUCUAUAGAUAGAGCAGGCUGCAUAGGCAUUCCAUAUUUCAAGAGUCUAUUGAUCAUCUUCCUUGAAUGGAGAUACCAUUUUCUGAAAUAUGUUUUCAUUUGUGCAGGAUAAAACCGUGGUCCCAAUAGAUAUGUUGGAUGAUUCAGUGAUAAGUUACACCAGAGACCAUCUCUAACAUAUCACAAGUAUGAACCAAUUAUGUGUAAGCAGAAGUCUAUCUAUGACAGCAUAAUACAGGCAGCAUGGUAUUGCGUGUGAGGGGCUGUACGAGGUUUGUACAGACUUUGCUUAAUUUCCCCUUUAGUAUCUUCAACAUCAAAUAAUUAAGAUGUUUAUGAUGCAUGAAUUACCUGUAUAUGACCAGCAUGCCUGACUUAUGCAGUGGAACAUUACACAGUAGGCGUGGCAGCACAUUGAGGCAUGAAUGUGCAAGGAAUCUUUCACAUAGUGUUUCUUCUCUGAUAAGUCACCCACCAGCAGAUUUUGUCCUGACAUUGACCUGGGACUUUGGCACCACUUAGGGCAGGGGUGGGCAAACUAUGGCCCUGGGGCCAUAUCCGGCCCUUCAGAUAUUUUAAUCCAGCCCUUGAGCUCCCGUUGGGGAGCAGAGUCUGGGGCUUGCCCUGCUCCAGCUGAGGAGCAGGGUCGGGGUCUUGCCCCACUCUGUACAUGCCAUGGCUCUGCGUGGCUCCCGGAAGCAGAGGCAAGUCCCCGCUCCAGCUCCUAUGCAUAGGGGCAGCCAGGGGUCUCCGCAUACUGCCCCCACAGCUCCCAUUGGCCUGGAACCACGGCCAAUGGGAGCUGCAGGGGUGGCACCUACAAAUGGGGCAGUGUGCAGAACCACCUGCCUGACCCUUGCGAGCCAGAGAGGGGACAUGUCGCUGCUUCUGGGAGCUGCUUGAGGUAAGCGCCGCCCGGAGCCUGCACCCCUCAUCCCCCUCCCACCCUCCAAACCCCUCAAUUAAAGCCUGGAGCACUCUCCAGUAUCCCCACUCCAGAGCCUGCAUCCCAGCCGGAGCCCUCACCCCCCACCCCCUGAACCUCAACCCCCUGCCCCAGCCCAGAGCCCCCUCCCACACCCUGAACUCCUCAUUUUUGGCCCUACCCCAGAGGCCACAACUCCACCCCAACCCAACCCCCAAUUUCAUGAGCAUUCAUGGCCCACCAUACAAUUUCCAUACCCAGAUGUGGCCAUCAGGCCGAAAAGUUUGCCGACCCCUGACUUAGGGUAUGUCUACACCGCCCUUGACAGUGACCCUCCCAGCCUGAGAAGACAGACUUGAGUUAGUGGGGCUCUAAAAAUAGCUAUGUAGCCAGUGCUUUCGAAUUGUGGCUCAGGAUAAUGCUCAGGCUCUGAAGCCACUGGACUUAAUUUAACUCUUACGCUCUUGAGAUUCCACCUGUUACUAAGGAUAUCAUGUGGUUUAGUUUUGAUUUUGUGCCAAUUCCCUCCUCUGCUGGAAAGUAACCCCUCAGUAGGGCUCUUCCGCCACAAACAGGGGAGAUGUACUGAUCUGGAAAACCUUCAUUUUUCUAGUACCUGAACAGAGCAGAACUUCUUAGAGGAAGAGGAUAUCAGCAGCCCAUGAAAUGCAUGCACAAAACUAAAUUUCAAAGAGCCAGAGUGAGAAUCUGAUGCUAUAAUAUGCAAAACAAAACAAAAAAACAAAAAAAACCCCACCCUGCUCCAUACGAAUACCAAUCCCUUUAAAAUUAAGUGUGGAAGACUCGGUCCAAAGCUCUUAAAGAUUUCUGAUCCUUUGGAACACUUCACUUGUCACUGAAUUGUUACAAAGCACAGGAAAACAAUGAAUCAUUCAGGUGUGGGCUUGUUACAUGGUGAUUUUUAUUUCUACUUUAUGUAAGUGCACUGUAAUGGGUUUGUGUAUAUUAGGGCCAUGAUCAUCCCCCUGAGUGCAAAAGAGCACUUGGGGCAAAAAAAUGCUAACCAAAAAUGCACUCAAAGAAAGGGCAUUCUUUGCUCUGAGAAUGUGCAGCCAGGCUGGUAUGCAGAAAGGAAUGACCAGAGCCAACCAGCAUGUAUGGUGCAUGGAUAAGGGCAAAAAGUUGGUAAAAAUCUGCCAUAAAAGACCCUAUGAACACUGUAGUAUAAUGAAAGAACAGGAGUACUUGUGGCACCUUAGAGACUAACAAAUUUAUUAGUAUAAUGAGUGGAAUUGGAGAAAGAGGGUGAGGUUUCAGGAGGGACGGAGUUAGGCCCAGUCUGCUUGCCACAUAAAAGUCUGAGCCUCAGCCUGGAACACUGGCCACUACAUACUUAAUAAAGAUCUCUUUUGUUCACCUCUACCUGCCUACUGCAUCACUUAGGGAAGGUCUACACUUAAAACACUGCAGCGAUGCAGCUGCACCAGUGCCACUGCACUGCUGUAUCGCUUCAGUGAAGACGCUACCAUGCCAACGGGAGAGCUUCUCCCAUCGGCAUAGUAUGCACACGCUAAAUAACCAAAUUGCAUAGUUAAUCCACCUCCACAAAAAGCAGCUAUGUUGACAGGAAAAGCCCUGACGUUGACAUAGCUCUGUCUAACCAGGGGUAGAUUUUUCACACCCCUGAGCAACAUAGUUAUACCAAUGUAAGUUUAUAGAGGUCUUACCGUUAAUAAAACAGAAACAGCUCAAUCCAGAAAUCAAAGGAAACAGGAGGGGAAGUGGGUAACAGCACAGGAAGGUUUUUAUACCACAGCACCCACUACAGGACAGCAGCAGAUAUAAGAAAGGAAAACAGAAUGAUAGGAACUCCAUGUGACCAACAUGGCAGUGGGUAAUUGGCACUAAUGAGCAAGUACAGCUGGAGUUUCAGGAAGUCCCAAAUAAUGAAUGGUGAGUUGUCAAUAUACAUUCCCUCAACUUCCACACCCACCAUAGUUCAUGAUUAAGGCUACGAUUUAGUCACGGGUGUUUUUAGUAAAAGUCAUGGACAGGUCACAGGCAAUAAACAAAAAUUCAUAGCCCGUGACCUGUCCAUAACUUAUAUUAAAAAUACCUGUGAUUAAAUCUUGGCUGGGGGAGGCAGGGGCGCUACUGGGGGGCACCCAGGGCCAGCGGCACCAGCUGCCAGGGGCCACGGACUGCUUCCAGGGCCAGCGGACCACAGCUGCUCCAGCCAGCCAGGGACUGCUGCCCGGGGCUGCAGAUUGCGGCUGCUCUGGCUGGCUGCCCAGGAUGUGCUGCCGGGGCCACCAGAGCAGCUGCUGGUGUCGCUGGCCCUCAAUAAAGGUAUGUAGCUUCAACGUAGGU